ACUACCACACUUCAUAAAAUGAGAGCUUUCUAUUACUAGCGAAGAUGUAAUCUAUUUAAUAUUAGGAGAACAAACUCCCACGCUUUUUUACUCUUAAAUACGAGAAGAGGGAGGCAGAAUUUGAAGUCGACUUUGCUUUUGAAGGGAUGUGUAAAGCCUUUGCUGCCAUUACGAUACUAAUAUCCAUUGGAAAGGGCCUGACAUGGUCACACUGUGGUAAGCGUUUCGUCCCUCCUAGCAGUUCGACGGCGAGUGCGUGCAGACGCAUCAUGGGCGGCCAGCGGUCGACAAUUGAACAACACCCAUGGAUGGUCGCUAUGAUGCUUGAUAGCGCGCAGGCCUGUGGUGGAAGUCUGGUCGCGGAGGACUGGAUCGUGACAGCUGCGCAUUGCUUUGACUCGACUCUAGACAGAUUGCGAUGGCGGGUAGUAGCGGGCAAUGACAUGCCGUCCAAGGCAGUCAACACUACUGGUGUAAGUGCCAUAUGGAGACAUCCACAGUACAGAAGCAAUAUUGCAUCCCUAGAGUCAGGCCCGUGUGACUAUGAUGUAGCUCUGGUGAAGUUAGAAAAGUCUGUAGCAACAACCCCCAAGACCGUUCCAAUCUGCCUCGUACCACGUGACACACCACGUGAUCUCAAGCGGGACUGCUACGUCGCAGGCUGGGGUCGAAGGUCUUUCGGAGGGGAGCAAUCACUAGCCCUGAGAGAAGUCCAAGUGCAUAUGGUGCCACGGGAGUUAUGCAACAGUGCCAAUAGCUACGGUGGCGUAAUCCACGAGCGCGCUCUUUGUGCGGGCCCUCGGGAGGGGGGCUGCGGGCCCUGCCAGUUUGAUAGCGGUGGACCGCUGGCGUGCAGGGAAGGCGGGCUCUGGUAUAUGUAUGGUAUCGUGUCGUAUGGCGUUGGUUGCGGGGUGGCAAAUAAAUUCGGGGUUUAUAGCAACAUGUAUGAGCUUACAGACUGGGUGAGGGACACCAUAUCGAGACAUGAGCCGAAUUUGGCGCAAAAUCAAAAUAAAGCUAGUCUACUUUGAA